AUGGAUAUGGAAAAUAUUCGUCAAGUACUUGAAGAUGCUGCUCAAAUAUUUCUAUCAGCUGCACAUACAAUUACAAAUGAAAGACGUCGUGAAGCUGAAAAAGUUUUUUUACAAUUUCGUCGUUCACAAUUUUCACUUGAUUUAUAUCGUUAUUUAAUUGAACAUUCAUCAUCAAGUUAUGUUGUUUAUCAAACAUUAACAGCACUUCGUGAAGGUAUUGUUAAAGAAUGGUCAUCAUUAAAUGAUGCAUUAAAAGAACAAGUUGUACAAUAUCUUCUAUCAUAUGUUUAUUCACAUUAUUCAACAUUAUCGGUACAUGUACGAGAACAAGCUUUACAAAUCUUAGUUGUUAUUAAUAAACGACGUAAAGCACAACGUGCACAAAUGGCUAAAAAUGGUUUUACUGUUAGUUUAGCAUUAACAAAUUUAUUACAAUCAACAAAUAAUCAAGAAUUUGAAUUUGGUUUAACAUUACUUAAUGCAUUUAUUAAUGAAUAUAGUUUUAGUAAUGCUAAUGAAGCUGGAUUAACUGUUGAACAACGUCAUUCAGUAAAACGAGAUUUUGAAGAAAAUGAAUUAAAAACAGUUUUAGAAUUAUUAUUAAAUAAAAUUCAAAGCAAUCUUUCAUCAAUAUCAUCAUCAUCUGAUCUUCAAUUAUUUUCAUCAAUAUUAACAAUUAUUGAAAAAAUUCUUUUAUGGAAUUUUUCAUCAUCAUUUUCAAAUACACGUCGUACUAUGGAAUCAUCUAAUAAUGUUGAAACAAUUGAUUGGAGACCACCAAUUAGUUGGAAACAAUUAGUCUUUGAUCAACAACUUGUCGAAUUCUUUUUUCAUAUUUAUGCUACACUCAAAUCAAUGAAUGAAACUAAAAUUCUUUUGCAACGUCGUUGUCAGAUACUUCGAUGUCUUUCUCAAUUAGCUUGUUUAAAUGGUCCAUUAAUUAGUGAUGAACCAUGUCGUUUACGUUAUUUAACAACAUUUUCAUAUUAUUUUGUUCAAACUUUUUUAAUUAAUUCAACAUUAACAAUUAAUUUAAUUGAAUGUUUUGAUAUUUCAAAUAUAAUAUCAAAUUUAAUAACAUUAUUUACUGUAAAAGGUUUUUGUUCAAUGGAUAAUGAUUUAUGUAAUUCAUUUUUACAAUUAAUGUCACAAAUAACAAUACUUCUAUGUCGUACAACAAUAAUAUCAUCAAAUAAUCAAUUAGAUAAAAUAAUUGAAGAUCCAACAAUAGCUAAAGAAACAUUUGAUCGUUUAUUACAAGCAUGGUCUAGAUUAUUAUAUGGAAUUGAUUUUGGAAGAUUUGCUAAUUUAAGAUCAUUUGCUAUUGAAAUAUUUGAUACUUAUCUUCAAACACAUUUACAUAUUAAUGAUAAUUAUGAAACUAAUGAUUUUGAUUUAGCUGAUAAUGAUGAAGAUGAUAAAGAUUUAUUUAGUGAACAAUUAAUAUGUAUUGGUCUCUUUGGUCGACAUAUAAUUGAUUAUGCAUUACCAUUAUUAAUACGUUUAUUAGUUGAUCGAACAAAAAAAUUAUAUAAUAUGAUGAAUAAUAGUUCAUCAAAUAUUAAUACAAAAAGUUUAGAUGCAAUAAAUGAUGAUUUACAUUGGUUAUUAUUAAUAUGUGGUCAUGUAUUAACAGAAGAAUAUGAUUCUGAUGAACAAAAAACUAUACCUGAAGCUGUAAUGAAUUUUUCAAGAGAACAAGUUAAAUAUUGUGAUUUAAAUAAAUGUGUUCAAAUAGCUCAACAUAUUCUUCAACAAUCACAAUUAGAUUUAAGUGAUGAAAUCAUGCAUGGUGUUAGUCCUGUUACACAAUGUUUAGUAGCUGUAUUAAAAUUAUCUGAAACUGAACGACAUUUAUGUAAUAAAGGACAAUUUGAAUAUAUUAGUGUUCAAGUUGCUGUUAGUCUUACUUGGUUUAUUCGACGAUUAGCUGCAAAUUAUUUAGGUUUUGAUGAACAAUCAUAUAAAGAUGUUAGUCAAAUAUUAUUAAUAUUACUUGGUAAAGGAAGUGAAAUGUUAGAAUUUCUAACGAAUUAUUUUCUAUCAAAAGUUAUAACAAAUUUACAAAUGUGGGCAUCUGAAAGUGAUGUUAUUAGAGAAACAGCCGAUCUAUUUGUAACAUUAUCAAUGAAAAAAGAUUCAUCAUUAAUAAUAAUAAAAAAUGAUUUAUUUUGGACAUUAGCAAAUAAUGUUAUAACAAAUCAAAUGCCAAUACAAUUAAUUAAUGAAGAAUAUAAACGUUUAUUAAUAAAAGGUAUAACAUGUACAUGUUUAAAUAAUUCAUCAGAUGAAUAUCGUUUACAUUUUGAUCGUUCAAUAUUUCAAAUUCUUAAUCAACGUUUACAUUCAAUUGUUGAAUCAAUUCAUACAUUAAUUGAACAAAUUAAAUUAAAUACUAAUAAUAAAAUUCAUUGUACAAAUGCAUUACAAACAUUUUAUAGUGAAAAUGUUUUAAGUCAAAUAAGUACAUUAAUUAAUUCAUAUUGUGGAUUAAUUGAAGGUGGUUCACGAUGUUCAUCAGAACAAAUAACAUAUUUAUUUGAACAUAGUCAACAAACAUUACAAGAUAUACUUGAUUUAUUUGAUUUUUAUCAUAAUUAUUGUGAUCAAGUACAAAUUAUACUUGAAUUAUUUUCAUUAUAUGCUGAACAUGUUUUAAUUUAUUUAAAUCAAAAUCAUACGAAUAUUUUUUAUAAAUAUAUAUUAAGAUUAUUACAAAUAUUUACGAAAUGUAAUUAUGGAAAAAAGACAAAAGAAAUUAAUGCUGAUGAAGAUUUUAAUUCUCAUAUUUAUACAUUAUUAAAUUGUUUAAAUCAUCUUUUGGCAAAAGAUUUUAUUGAUUUCUCGAAUGAAAAUUCAACAAAUACAGAUGUUAAUGUUGGUGAUGUUGUUCUAUAUGGUUUAAUAAUUUGUUUACCAUUAAUUCAAUUAGAUAAUUUAUUAAAAAUUCCUUCGAUUAGUAUAUGUUAUUAUAAACUUGCAUCAUCAUUAUGUGAACAACAUUCUGAUUGUAUAUUUCGUUUACUUAAUCCCGAUCAAUAUUCAAUAUUUUUAUCAACAAUAAAAUUAGGUCUUGAUAAUUAUGAUAAUGAGAUAUGUAAAAUGUGUUUAGAAACAAUUCAAAAUUUAACAUUAUAUACAAUAAAACAACAAAAAUUAAAUCAAACUAAUGAAAAAAUUAAAUAUUUAGAACAUUUUCUUGAUUAUCUUUUACAAGAAAUUGUUAUAACAACAACAACAUUAUCUGAUUUAUUUGAUACCUUAGCUGGUACAAUUUAUACAUUAAUAUGUGCAUAUCCAAAUCAAUUUUAUCAUAUUCUUGGACAAAUGAAACAAUAUGAUGAAAAUUUAUCAAUAAUAAUUGAUAAAUUAGCUAAUGAUACUGGACAAAAACCAGAUUAUAAUCGUAAAGCUAAAAUAUCAUUUACAGUUAAAUUUGAAUCAUUUGUUACAAAUCUUAGACGAAUUAUGAAAAAAUAA